CUCAGGGAAGAGGCUACGAGACUAUGUGCAACGCAGCGUAAGGGCAGGAAGUCAAAGCUUUCGGAAGAGACUUUAGGGCUAAUGAAGGAACGACGUGAAAACCCACCCGUCACUUCAUCGGCAAAGCGGACUCUAAACCAAGAGAUCAGUAAGCACGUACGACACGACCUCCGAUGCUCCAAUACUCUCUCGAUCGAGAGAGCGAUCGAGCAGAAUCGAGGGUCUAAAGUGUUCGUGCAAUCUCUUGGAAGAAACCAUCUGACGAAGUUGACCACAGCAAGUGGGGAAGUUGUUGCUUCAAAGCCGGCAGUCCUUUCGGAAGUGAAAGACUUCUACAGCCAGUUAUACGCAUCACAUGGGCAGCGUUUGGAAAGCUACGUCAAGUCCUGACAUCGUCAAUCCCACAGUGCCUAAAGACGAAAGUCUUCAAUCAGUGCGUCCUACCUGUGAUAACAUACGGAGCCGAGACGUGGACACUGACGGCACAGUUGGUCCACAGGUUCAAAGUCGCUCAGCGCGCUAUGGAAAGGGCUAUGCUCGGCGUUUCUCUGAAAGAUCGCAUCAGAAAUGAGGUAAUCCGACAGAGAACCAGAGUUAUCGAUAUAGCCCACCGGAUUAGCAAGUUGAAGUGGCAGCGGGCUGGCCAUAUUUGCCGAAGAACCGAUAACCGUUGGGGUAGACGAGUUCUGGAGUGGAGACCGCGUCUAGGCAAACGUAGUGUAGGACGUCCUCAGGCACGAUGGAGUGACGAUUUGCGCAAGGUGGCUGGCAGGAGCUGGAUGCGAGUAGCCCAAGAUCGAUCUGAGUGGCGUGCAUUUGGAGAGGCCUAUGUCCAGCAGUGGACUAUGAUAGGCUGUUGAUGAUGAUUGAUGAAUAAUUUACAAAUGGUUUCAUUGCUAACACGAAAAUUUGAUGAGCGUUCACUUAAAUCUGUCCGCAUGAAUUUUUUCAGCGCGAAAUAUUAACCUUGGCUUCUAAGACCACUAUAUCAAAAUAUGUAAGGGUUCCAAAUGAAAAGAAAUGAAAAAAUGGUUCGUUGUUAAUCGCUGGAUCUAUAUUUGUUUUUACUUAAUUUAGAGUACCUACUACUUGAGAUUACACUGCAGUUUUGUAGCUUGAUACAGCUUUUUAGCCCAAGCCUGCUGCGGUUCCACAGCCAGAUCUGGAUGGAAGUAGAAGCGGUACGGCAUGGUCGUUGAUGUUGUAAAUUGCUAGAGACAUCUUCAGAUGUUGGAGCUGGAGUUCCCUCUAUGUAGUUUAAUUCGGCGUCAGUUACCAUAUUAAAUAUUUGUCUCUUCAUUUGGACGUACACUCUUUCUGGUAGUUUUUUUUUAUUGUGGCAGCCACUGUUUGAAAGAACGAAUCCACCUCUUUUUUCGAUUCAAUGUAUUUAUUUAGUAUUUCAGCAGUUGUUGUAGGUUCUGGUCUUAUUAAGGAAUGGUGUGAAUCAUUGGUCAUUCACGAAACUGACCGUUCAUCAUUGUCAUCGACAGCGGAUUCUGUGAAAGAAGUCUACGUAUCCUCUGAAGAGGAGUCCAAAUUCGAGGUUUGUUUUUUGUGCUUAAUAAUAUACAUUUCAGGAUAAAGGCACCUCGCAAUAGUGGAAGUCUACAUAAACUAUAAAUAGUUUUUUUUAGUAUCGUACUACUAGCGGUUGUGGAUGCAAAUUAUAAAUUUGUAAUUGCAGAUGUAGGAUCAUAUGGACGAAAUAGUGACGGAGGUAUAUAAUGCAAAACUCAAUAUUUGGAAAGAAAAAUACGGUAUUCCCCCAAAAAGACGUUUACCGAGGACAGAUCUUGAGUUGCCCUAUGUUUUUUUGUAGCAGACGAGGCUUUUCCGUUAAUCACAAGCAUUAUGAGGCCAUUUAGUGGCGAACGAUUGACAGAUGAAGCAAUGAAAAUAUACAAUUAUCGUUUGAGUAGAGCCAGGCGUAUCGUCGAAAAUGCAUUUGGUAUACUUCAAGAACGUUUCGAAUUAUGUCCGCAUGUUCGCAUUGUUCUUCAUUUGAGUGUUCAUAUAAUGUUUUGAUGACAUAUUAUAUAAAUAAUCAUAGGAUUGAACUAAAGUUAUUAAUAUUUCCUCCAUGUUGGAAUAAAAAACGUAAAAAACUGGUCUUCGAAAAAAUCACGUAGGUACACAGUCGUCAAAGACGCGGGCGCAAAUGGAUGGUCAAUGGUGUGCAUUCCCCGCUUCUCUACCCCCGCCGCCGCACCCCGCAGUAUAUCAAUCACUACGAGCGCCGCAGUCCGUGGCAUGUCGUUGCCUACCGCAGUUCGUCACAGCAUCCCGCUAUGGGAGCUUGUGGCGCAUCUUUUAAUGCCUUGCGAUAAAAUCCCUUUCAAUGCCACGAUAUCAUUUUAAAGCAUAGCAAUUUAUGUCGUAUUUUUGUAACAGUACGGUUAUUCAACCGUAAAAACGUCCAUAGUCCGUCCAUUAGUAAAAAUUCUGUGUAGGCCUUUAAGCGAAGUGUGCCGUAAACGUCAGUCCCCUGACUUUUCGAAUAACGCGCCAAUAAAGAAGAAUUGUAGAAGUUAUUCAUGAUUAAAGUGUGUCCUUUCUUGAACAACGGCUUGGCGAGCUAAUGCACUAUACGGGCUGUGGAGUUACACGGCGGUGGUGGCCCGAAAGACGUCGCAGUAGCGUCCGUCGAUCUGUCAAUUAGGUUAUCUGUCAGGUCAAUCUGUAUGUCAGUCUCCGCAGCGUUUGUCGAUCUAUUUAUAAUAUCUGUCGGGUCAAUUAGGUCUAUCUGUCUGUCUCUGGUUCCUUGUUCCUCUAGUCUGGUCGUUAGUUCCUUUGCCGGUAUAGACAAAGAAGCUCCAUAAGUAACCAGUUGACGACUCGCAAAGUUCGUACGAUUUAAUACCAACCUUAGCGGCUUUAGUAGCGAUCUUUUGCGAGAAGCUCAACCGGCCAUGCCACUUAAGGAGUGACUCGUCUAUAGCGAUGUUUUGCGAGGGAAGAUACAGAGUGCUAAACUUUUUUUGCACGCUAUUUAGCACUGGCUGUAUCUUGCGCAGCUUAAUGUCACCUUCAGUCAAGUUUUCUGGUAUUGCUGGUCAAGUGGAACACCGUUUUCAACAGAAUGAAACGGUUAUAUUUCAUGAUGUUCCCAAAAUAUUUCAGUUUGAGAAACCCAUUUUCCUUUCAAUAUUCACUUUCGACGGUAAGUGAAUAUUGUCACUUACCGUUGAAACCUUACCGACACACCAAUCACAGUUAUCAAUAACAACAAGAAAAAAACAUUCAAUAAUAUAAAAAAAAAAACAGCAUAAACACACACCAAUAUAAAAAUGUUAAUAAGCGUGUGAGACAGCCCUGCAAAAAAGCUAGUUUGGUUCAAGGUCCCACAGGACCUUGUUACCUUGACCUUGGAAAAUGGCGUAAUAAAACUUACUGUUUUGCGUUGCAUCAAUGUCCUGUGUAAACAGAUUAUUGUUAUUUUUUGGAAACACUGUUCAUUUAUAGUAUUAUUAUCAUAUUUUGUAUAAUAGGGUAUUUGACAAGUUUUAUAAAACGAUCUCACGUUAUUGAAUAAUGUUUAUGGAGUCCGUAAAAAGAUUAUUGGAUAUUCAUCAUUUGUUGUGUAUUUCAGUAAAAGUAACUAAAUCAAAAACUCCAUUUUCAAAUUUCUGCGAAAACGUUUCUCUGGACAAUAUGGCGUCUAACUAGCGUGUGACGUCAUUUUAAGCUCCGCCAAUCCCAAGCGUUUUGGGUCACGUGACAAUAGAUAAGAAAACUAUUAUCUUUUUCGUGGGAUUUUAGUAAAAUUAAGAAUAUUGUUUUUGAAAAAAUAGUAAAAACCCCUGCCAAUAUUCAUUAUAAACACAGAUGCUUACAUUUGGCACCUUAUUUUUAAUACUGUCAAAUACCCUAUUCCAUGACUAACCAUGCAAAAUGUUUUUGUAAACAAAAACAACACAUCGGUACAUUUAACGGGCUACGGUUUGGUUAUGAUUUUGAACACUGGACAUUGAAUUUGUGACGAGAUAAUUAUAUGAUCGAAUAAAACACGGCAUAAAGAUCCUUUUGAUAUGAAACACUAAACAGGAAUAUUAAAUAACAAAAUACUUACGGCAUGUCAAAACAAAUCGCUUCACACAACAAAAACAAGUAUGGCGUGAACUGACGUAAAGUUCUUCAAAAAAUAUUUUCAUAACCAAUCACAGGCCUCUUCUAUUUUUUUUGAGGUAUUAAUGUUGCCAAGUCUAUAAUCUAUAUAUAAGAAUGACCGGACCGGUCCUGUAGCACCGUGCGACAAACUACCGACUUUUUUUAAGUCAUAAACAAUCAAGUGGAUAGAAAGGGAAAGGUGUCAGCGUGAGCGUAAACAAACAGUAUUCUACAAGUGUAAUAGGGUGCAGCUUCACCAAAGUGAAUGUGAUCCUAUCACAUAUGGUGAUGCCAUGAGCCGGAGCGAUGCCAGUAAGUGGAGAGCAGCCAUCGCUAGGGAACUUAGGACUCUGAGUGACAAUAACACAUGAGAAGUUUGUGAAUUACCUGUAAGUGCAAAGCCUAUAAGUAGCAAAUGGGUUUUAAGAUAAAAAAUGUAAAUAAUGUCAAAAAGUAUAGGGCAAGGCUUGUUGCUAGGGGGUUCGAACAAUGAGAUAUGAGGAGUCUUUCUUGUACUUUCAAAAUCCACUAAAAUCUUUUUCAGAAAAUAUAAGCUAUCAAAAAAACACAUCAUUUUAAAUAAAAGGUCAGCAGGCCAAUCGCACUAUUUAAUAUUUUGAACGAUCCGCUUAAGUUCAAUAAGUUUCAAUCUUAGUCCAAUUGUAAUUGCAACUCAACUUUAUACGAAACCGGUAUCGCGCUAAUUAUCAUCUGUCAACUGAACUGCAGACGAAGCUGGGACGCAGAUGUGUUAGGAACUCUAGAGAUGUCCCAUAGUAUUUCAAAUGAUACGUGUGAUAUUUAAUAUUUAAGUAGACAAUGGUGUCGAUUCUGGCAUGAUUCUCUAAACCUAAACUUUGACAACAGUAUAUCCUUGUCUAGUCUAUCUUGUCUUUGCACAGAAUAAAAAGGAGAGACUGAUAUUAAAUUUAGUUUUAAGUUUACAGAAUAACGCCAAAAUCGACACCAAUGAGAGCUCGAUUAAGUAAUUUUACUACAUCACUAGUCUUUUGAUUUUGACAAAUUGUUGAGUUGCUGUCAGUCAACUGAAAAGUCAGAAAUUUCGUUGUAUACACAAAAAUUAUCAGUAGUUUAAUUAAAGAGGAAAUGGAAGAGCGCCGCCGUAUCACGACUGUCCGUCAGCUAAAACCCCUAGUCGAUGUCUCGAAGCCCACAAAGAUCUCGCUCUUGGCAGGGUCCGGUCAAAAGAAGCUCGUUCCGUUGCUUCGAGACUGGAAGGAAGUUUCCGAAAUUUUAAAUGCGGAAGGGCCUGCAAGGACUGCCAAGGAGUGGUCCAAAGUUUGGAACGACCAAAAAUGUAAAGUGCGUGCAAAAUUAGUGAAUAUAAACGUCAAUAAAAGAGGAACAGGAGGCGGCCCGAAUAAUGCACCCACUUUAACGGCCAUCGAAGAAAAGAUAGCCAACAUUUUAGGUAGGACUGUGGGGCCUCUGCCCGGUGUUAGCCAGGACCAACUGGUAGACAUUAUGGUGAUGAAUGAAGAUGUGAUGCAAGACAUUGCGGCAGAAAAUGUUGUGGGUGAAGUAGAAGUGGCAGAAGAGCCAAUAAAUAUUUUACCUACAAUAAAUUAAGACCAAUUGGUCUUGUCGCCUUCACCUAGCCUGACAGGACAAGUGCCAUCACCUCCCCUGCUUACUGAGUGACGUACAAUCAGAGGUCGCAGAAGGUCCCAGUUAGUAGAUCGGCCACGCUCUCGUCCAUCAGUCUCUAGAUCAGCUCUAGAGGAGUCUAGAGCUGUGAUUUUAGAAAUAGAAACGAUAAAAGCGAAUGCCUCUUUAAGAAAUGCAGAAGCGCUUAAGAUGUUGGUGAUUCCUUCAAAUUAAUUGCUGAGAGCAUUGAUAGGAUGAGUCGCAAAUUUUGCCAUGAAUAAAUUAAUAUGGGUUCAAAAAAAACUAAAUAUUUAAAUUUUAUUUUGUUAUAAUCUUUAAUUAUAACAAAAAACAUAACAAAAUCUAAAUAUUUAGUAUUUAUAAAUAAUAUUUUUGUUUUUCUUAAUUGACAGCCCUGUCUAACUACAAGCGGUUUAUGGGAGCCUCUCGGCGCGCACGGCCUAAUUCUAGGUCUGUCACAGAAUAAGCAUGUCUUAUAUGAGAAUCUCUCACACUUGCAUGCUGAGUCAGUCUGCACUCACGAGUCGCUUCUUCGGCAGUAAGAGGAGAGAACGAUAUAUUUUCUCCAUGUGCUAUAUUGUGUAAAACACAGCAUGCAUUUGCAAUUCUUGCUGCAACACCUGGAGAAUAAUGUAGCUACCUAUAAACCAAAAGGGACCUGUAAAAAAAUAUACAGUUAAAAGUCCUUAUACUAAUUCAUUGCCGGAUGUUAGUAAUGUAGGGAUGUAAGAUAUGAUAAUAAAAAUUACAAGUGACAUCUGUGUAGGAUGGUUGGGUUGAGUAGGUUUUGUUUCAGAAUAUUUUUUUUAAAGUCUGUUAAAGACCCAACUCCUUAAAACUGAAAAUGAAAUAAUAAGAUUUACCAACUGACAUAUUUGAAGUUGAUGUCAAGCCAUGUGUAGCAGGGUGAUCAUGAUAAUAGUAUCUAUUUCAAAUAUAAGAGUCAGUCAAUCUAUGUUUAUUCUUUGAACUUGGUUUUAUGGGAAACCCUACGCGGAGAUGAAAUGAAACGAAUAAAUUCGGUAAAACAGUCUAUUGAAAUUCCACAGUUUCCCACAUAUAUAUAAAGACAAAAAUAGAAGAAAUCACGGGCACAGACACAAGCAGAAAAGAUAGCAAAGGAUAGAAAAGUUAAUAGUUUAAGAACCGACAGGAAAUUAAAUAGGGUGACUUAGCCGGUUUUCGGCCAGUUAAGUGAAUGUAUGACUUUGUGGCAAUUUUUCUCCUUAGUCAUAUAUUCGAAGAUCAGUUUAAAAAUUAUUUUUGAACUCAAAAGAUCAUGUAGAUUUGAUAUUUUGAGACCUUUGACUCGUCAGCGUCUUAAUAAAAAAUAAAAAAUAAUAUAUCUGAAAAUAGCCAUUUUGUCUGUGGCAGUUUCCGGCCACUAUUUUGCUAGUUUCCGGCCACUAUCUACUAUAUGAAAAAUGAUCUCUAUUUGCUAUUCAGUAGGUUCUAUAAUGUAAUAGAAGCAAAUACACUUAAUAAAUCAACGAUUUUAAUUAAAAUCUUUAAAUUAUUCAUUAUAAAAAAUAUAAAUAAUAGUAGGAACAUAGGUUUAAAAAAAAAUUGCAAUAAUAUUUUAUUGCAAUAUUUUUGAGAUAUAUUGAGAUUACGGAAAAAUGUCUAACUCGUGAUCAUCAUCCUCUUCUUCAAUAAUGACUCUUAUCUCAUUUUCCUUAUUUAUUUCUUUAAUAUUUUCGGAAUCACUCUUUUCAAUAUCAGUCUUAUUUAUAACUAUAUUAGUAUUCUUAGUAUUGAUUUCUACAUCUUGAUCAAUAUUUUUAAUAUUAUUGUCCGUGUUUUGUUCUUUGGUAAUCUCGUUUUCGUCUUCAGUCUGAUUACUCUUUGGGAUAUUAAGUGCUUUUUUGUUCUUAUUAACUAUCUUCGGUUUUUUUGGUUUCGGUUCACAUUUUUUUUGUUCCUUUUCCACUUUUCUUUUAUUUUUUCGUCUAUCUUUUUUUGCUUUUCUUUUUCUUUCAAAUUGUGGAAAUCUCUCCAAGCUUCUGACGAUAUCGCACUUGGAAAUGUAUUAAUAUUCUUUUUCUUAGUAUUUAGAAUUCCAGUUUGACUAAUUGGAAAUCUCAAUCGGUUUUUAAAUGGAUCAUUUUUUGGAGACAAUGGCGACGGGGCAGCAUGCACUUCAGCUACCGUUAUUUAGGUUGCAUUUGGAUCCUCAGGCAAGUUUAUGUCGGCUAUGUUUAAAACAGAAAUGUCACUUAGCGAAACGUAUGAUCCAACACCCGGAAUUGAGAUAUCAUCAAGCAAAGAAAAGUCUUCAAUAACACUAACACUUUCUGCAGUAUUGACAUUCAUAUUAUCAAGAACAUGGAUUUGUUCGGGUGUUUUGAACGUAGAAGCAUUAACAACUUCAGAAGACAUAUUAUCGAGAAAAUUGAUUUGUUCAGGUGUUCUGAAUGUAGAAGUAUUAACAACUUCAGUAGACUUACGUGGUGUUUUGGAAGUAGACCGUCGAUUUUUACUGAAGGAUGACUUCGCCAAUUCUAUUUCAUUACAGACCGUAUCUGGAUCAAUCCCUCUCUUCAAUAAAUUUUCUUUUAUCAAUACAACCACUUUUACUGCACUUGCGAAAUCUGGUUCCGUUAAUCCGCUGGAGGAUAGUGAUCUUUUCUUCCUUUUUUCCUGAAAAUCUUUUACGCAUUUCGUGAAAUCCACUGCAUUUACAUUGAAGGGAAAAAGCCCACACUUUCUGAAUCCGUUCUUAAUAGUUUGUGUCAUAUCUACAUCCAGGGUUUCCUUAAAUACUUUACAAAAAAUUAUCUUCGUCACGGUUUUAUUUAGGUUUUCCGGUUUGGCUUGCCAGUUUCUUAAAGUUUACUUCCAUUCUUGUUUUAAUGGUCUAAACACACUUACAUCGGCUGGUUGCAUAAUAUGAGUAGUAUUUGGAGGUAAAGCGUAUAAAACAAUGCCGUUUUCAUCACAAAAGAGACUCUUAAGUCUGGCCUUAGCCAUCGACAUAUGUGAUUUAUGUCCGUCAACGAAAAGGAUUACUGGUUUUUUCAUGUUAUUCUUCACUAACCAGUCAUUAAAGUCAUUAGCAAUGUAUUAGUAAAAUACAUCUGAACGCAUCCAACCUGAUUCAGUUUUUCCUAUUAUCCAACCUUCUGGCAUAUUUUCUACAACCGCUUUCGGCGGUUUUAUGUAUGGAAAAACUACAAGUGGAGAGAUACUUUCCCUGAUGCAGUCAUCAUUAUUAAAACCGUAAGUGAUUCUUUUUCGAGUAUGGCCGCCAAAAAUUGUACAGUAACAGUCGUGAAUUUGUAACACACGGUAACAUACGUGAAGAAGGUAUUUUAGCUUUCAUAAAUCGUGACUCACAUAUUAAACACAUAUAUAAACAACAAACAAAACAAAUCAAAUUACAUAUAUAUAUAUAAAUAAGAUAAAUAAUAGAUAGAUUUGUGAGACUGAUAAUUAAAAAAAAUCUAUUUAUUU